CCUGCGCCGCCGCCAUCUUGAGUCUGUUUCCUCCCUGCGCCACGAGCCACGGACUCAGCCCGCUCCCAGGGACUGGCACCCCAGGGCCCCCCCUCACAGUAACCCCCCCACAGUGACCCCCCUCCCACCACAGUGACCCCCCAAUAACCCCCACCCCGCCCUGCCUGACGUGUUACUGUGAAAACAACAACAACAACAACAACAAGCAGUGGAUUGGUAAACAUUCCCAGUCUGGGCUCCAUGGGGCCCCUGAGGGUGGAGGGCCCCUGAUGGUGGAGGGCCCCCCAUGCUUACUGUGACCCCCAAUAACAGACACUAAUGGUUAAUGUGGCCAUGGAAGGCACCAGGGUCCAUGAAUCUUCCCCAACAUCAAACCAUCAAAAUGAACCCUUCCUCCUCCUCCCAGCAGACAGGUCGAGUACCCCCAUCUCUCUCUUUAUUGCAUCCAAUGACAUGGCCCACCCUGCAGGCACAGGGCUGGGGGGUGAGGGCAGGGGGGAGAGGGGGGCUGGGGGGUGAGGGCAGUGGUGGGAGUGGGGGGUACCAGGUAAACUUGUCUAUUAUUAUUAUUAUUUAUAUCUCAGCUCAAUGUUCAUCUCUCUCUUUAUUUCAUCCAAUGACAUGGCCCACCCUGCAGGCACAGGGCUGGGGGGAAAAGGGAGGCUGGGGGGUGAGGGCAGGAGGGGGUACCAGGUAAACUUGUCUAUUAUUAUUAUUUAUAUCUCAGCUCAAUGUUCAUCUCUCUCUUUAUUUCAUCCAAUGACAUGGCCCACCCUGCAGGCACAGGGCUGGGGGGAAAAGGGAGGCUGGGGGGUGAGGGCAGGAGGGGGUACCAGGUAAACUUGUCUAUUAUUAUUAUUUAUAUCUCAGCUCAAUGUUCAUCUCUCUCUUUAUUUCAUCCAAUGACAUGGCCCACCCUGCAGGCACAGGGCUGGGGGGAAAAGGGAGGCUGGGGGGUGAGGGCAGGAGGGGGUACCAGGUAAACUUGUCUAUUAUUAUUAUUUAUAUCUCAGCUCAAUGUUCAUCUCUCUCUUUAUUUCAUCCAAUGACAUGGCCCACCCUGCAGGCACAGGGCUGGGGGGAAAAGGGAGGCUGGGGGGUGAGGGCAGGAGGGGGUACCAGGUAAACUUGUCUAUUAUUAUUUAUAUCUCAGCUCAAUGUUCAUCUCUCUCUUUAUUUCAUCCAAUGACAUGGUCCACCCUACUGGCACAGGGCUGGGGGGGGAGGGCAGGGGGGCUGGGCGGCUGGGGUGUACCAGGUAAACUUGUCAAUUAUUAUUAUUUAUAUCUCAGCUCAAUGUUCAUAUCUCUUUAUUUCAUCCAAUGACAUGGCCCACCCUGCAGGCACAGGGCUGGAGGGGGAGGGGGGGUACCAGGUAAACUUGUCUAUUAUUAUUUAUAUCUCAGCUCAAUGUUCAUAUCUCUUUAUUUCAUCCAAUAACAUGGUCCCACCCUAUUGGCACAGGGCUGGGAGGGGCACCAGGUAAACCUGUCAAUUUUAUAUCUCACUUCAAUGUUUGUAUCUUAUUAUUUAAACAUGACCAUUCACCAGCAUGACCAUUGCAUUCAGUACUUCUAACCUUCAUUCCCUCAGGUUUCCAGUACAGGGAGAGAGCAGUAUGAUGCAAAUAGUGUGAAAUGUCUCAUGCUUUACUUUUAGAUGGGUUAAAAACACCAAGGGACCCUUGGUGGGUCUAUUUCCAUAUUAUACACAGGGUUAAACAGCUGCAAAAGGCAGUGGGACUGGGAUCUCACUGAGUACAAGUGGGGGGCUUUAAUGUGAAUGAGAAUAUUGAUGUGUUGUGCUCCUAUGCAAAUGUCCCCCUUUCUCUCCUGUGAAUGCAUGGAAAAACACAAACAUUAAUUGUUGUGGUGCUAUAGGUGGUGACUGGUGAGCAUAAUUCGACAAGAUUGAAAAUGGCUGUUUUUUUUCCUUAAAAUAAACUUUCUCCACCCUUCCCCCUAUCCAUGCCUUUUAUACUGGACUGAUGAAUCAGCAAAAUUGUCACUUGUUUUUGGACUGCAACUCUUAUCAUUCCCACCUUGGCUAGGAGUUACAGCUCAACAGCAGUACGCUAUCAGGCUGCUAAGCCAAUUCUUUUUGGCUGGAAUACGCAAAAAGGCUUUUAAAAAAAAAAAAUAAUAAUUUUAGUGUCAGCAGAUCAAGAAAACAUGUUCAAUUUGCUAAAUACAAGUUUAAUCUGUUAAAUUUAUUUGCGAAAACCAAGCAGAAAUCACUCCAUACCCUCAUGAUGUUUGUUCUAUUUUAUUUUAUCGCCUCUAGUUACAUAAUGGGUUUGAAACGCAGUGAGGGUGAAAUAAUUAACCAGUUUCUAAUGCCAUGUGACACAUCAAACUGCAUAAUUUUGUUACUCUAUUGACCAAAAUGCAUCGAAUUCAAUGAGAUCCGUUUCAAGUUGCAUAAAUGUAGCAUUAUCCCAGGAAUUGUUCCUCAAAUUCUUAAACCUGGUAAACGUGCCUUUGGAAAUGUCCUUUCCAGAAGGAUUUACAUUGGUUAAUCUCCUACAUUAAAGUAGCCACACUAAAAAUCUUUCUUCUUUGUUUGACCGUUUUCAUUUAAUUACCUUCUUCAUUUUGGCUGUAUUGGAAAUAAACCCAUAAAGUAUGUCAUUUUUGUUGGUAAAUAUUUCCGAAGGAUAUUUUCUAAUCAAAACUAAGUUUUUGUAGCAAUGCAGCUUGUGAAGUGAAUAUUGCACGAAAAAGGAGACAAAUUGUAGUGAAUUGAAAACAGAUGUCAUGUCCAGGCCACAGCAGCGGAUCUGGAAAAAUGGUCCAAGUCUACUGUAGUUACAACUUCCGUUUUUCUUCUUGUUGUUAUUAGCUGUGUAGUGAAUAAACCCUAAAUAUAACUUGUAGCUUUUAGCUGCCAGGUGGGCAUUUUUCGAGUUAACCUGAUUCUCAUGGACUAGGGCCAUUUGUAGUAUAGGACUGUGUAGUUGUGUAUUCAAAUUGUCAAAGUAAGGAAUGUUUGUUGAAACAUUAUAGAUUACAUGUAUUUGUAAAUCGUGAGAACACUUAGUAUCUUGUAAGUAAACUUUGUGUUAUUUCCAAUCACAUGGCAGUUCUGCAAUGGUACAAGUGGAGGAAAAAUGAUUGGAUGUCAUAUGUUACUUGUAGUUUGUUUUAAUGAACAGUUUACAUUGUGUAUCAGUGCUCUGUUUAGUUAGGCCUUUUCUGAUGUCUCCACCUGUCUAAUACCAUUGGUUUAAUCGUAAUCUCAACAGACUUGGCAGUUAUGUGUUUUUUUUUGUCUCUGUAUACCAAAUGCAGUGCUGUCGGGAGGUACAUGAAUAGUUCUCCCUGCUUUGCAAGAUGUAGAUAUCUUAUACUGGCAAAGGGGUGUAUUCGGUAAACAGGGAAUUGAAAAAACAAUGCGUCUCUAAAGUGCUAGUAAAGGCACGAAAUGCGACUUAUCCCAGCUGUGAAAUCCUGUAAAAUCUGAAUAAAGCAUACUUUUUUUCUGGAGGAAAUGUAGCUAUCAAGCUAUUUCAUUGUAAAAUAUAGGCCAACAAAGAGGUGGGAAAUUGAGGAAUAUUUUAAUUAUGGCCUGCAGUUUGUUACCCAUGAAAAUCUACACAACUCCUGGUUUAGGGAAGAAAUCCUAAAUUUUCCUGAAACCUAUUUUAUGAUCAGCUGAUUUCUUCUGGUGGUUUGUGAUCUACAUACAGUGGAGCAACACUAUUCCUGUCCUGCCCAACAGCAUGGAAACCAUGGCAGAAGUGAGAGCAUUAGCAUUGUGGCUUGAAAAGGUGUUUAUAUUUGCGGUUGCAGUUUAACAUUUAUUCUUAAUGACAUCUGGGAUUUUUGAUCUCUUGAGGGAAAUCUUCUAAUCAAGAUAAAUGAUUAGGGAACUAUAAUUCUCUCCCCCAUCUCUGCACACAUUGUUUAGGGCACCGAUAUGCUCUAUGGAGUUAUUAUGGUGAAAAGCUUUUUUCAGAAAGCUUAGUUCGAUGCAGUAAAGUAACAUUUGUUUUGUAGGGUUGGAUUGCAAACUUCAAUAAGUACAUUUUUGUGAGUGAGUUUAGUCAGCACCAUGAAUUAUUGUAGAUCAGUUGUAUUUAGUACAUUUUGAGGAAACCUUCUAUAUUGACAGUACAAACAAAUGAGAAUCUUGAUAGAUUUUUGCGCAAUCUCCUUUUUGUGUUUUGUUUUUCUUUUAAUAAAUGUGUGCGUGUAUUUAUAGAGCUGAACACUUGCAGUAAAUAGGACCAUUUCAAAGUGUUUGUCUUCAAAGCAGCCCCCCCACCCAGUGUGGUUUCUGUAGCUGAAACCCAACUUCCCAGUCUAGUCGAGUAUAAGAGGCCUGGUUACAUGUUAGCAGUCUCCUUUUAUAAAAUGUCAUUGCUCAGCGAGAAAACUGCUUCAACCGGCCAAGGAUUUAGAGUUCAGUUGUAACCAGACCAAUCCGUGCUGUGUACGCCUGUUCCUGUGUGUCUCGAGCGUCCGUGUGUUGCAAUAGUUGAGUAACAUGGGAGGGGUUUACUUGUUUUAUUUUGUUUCUGUAAAAUGGCUGCUUGGAAAGGGUGGGGGGGAGGUGGAAUUGCAACCACUUCCCCCACAGAAAACUAAUUGUAUUACAUAAACCCGCCUGCUAAAUACAUUUGAAUAGGGCUCCCACAUAGACUUUCUCCUUGAGACAUAGAUAUAUAUAUAUAUAAAAAAUUUCCUUCCACCUUCUUUAUUUUAUAGCAGUUUGGCUGGUAUGUUUCUGAAGCUGCCCUCCAUUUUAACUCCAAAGCCUCGCCUCUCGGACCGACCUUUGAACCUGUCUUACUAUUCAUUUAGUUUGUGAUCCUUCCCAACUUUCGUCCUAAGUCCCAUUACACGGCAGGAAUCCAAAUCCCAUUUUUAUCCCCAUUUCUUCUCUUGUUGGUCAAAGCCCACCCCACAUUUUUUUUUUUUUUAUGGUUUUUCUUCAUUACGAUCAGCCCCUUGAGUUUUAUUUGAGACGAUCAGAACAGGAAAAGCAGGAAGUUAAAUGUUUUUUUUUUUUAAUGUAAUUUUUAUGAAUGUGACAUCUCUCUGCAACAUAUCAACUUUUUCCUGUCUCACCUGUAUCCUCAUUUUGUAAUGCAAGUCUUGAGACGGGAUAGACCAUGCUCGCUCGCUCUCAUACUACAUAUCAUAAAUGCCUUUACUUCCAGAUUUUAGUCCCCUUUCAGUGGCACAGAAAAUAUUACUGUGGACAAUUACAUAUGUUCCUGAAAACACACAACUGUUUAAUGCUGAUGGCCAAUAGCUGCAAAAUGAAAUUUUAGAUUGGAAGCUUGUUUGUAUGUCAUGUGUUUUGUUAGAAUUAAAUACAUGUCUAGUAUACCUAGCACAACGCUGUGGUAAAUGUUGGCAGCUUAUAAAUAAUUGUAACAUACAAUUGGUCUGGCAGCCAUACACUCAGCGCAAGUGUGGAUGGUUGUUUUAAAGAAAUAUUAAAUCUUGUCUUUGGUCCCUAUGGCAUUGAUAUAGUUUGGCAAACCCAUGAUUUUCCAUCAAAUUCUUAGUGUAACUUGUCUGGAUCUUAAAUGCUACCUAGGUUUAUCAGCUUCCACGCUAGUGAGAAAUUCUAAAACUAGGAUGACUGGUUUAGUUUUUAAGGAAAUUCCUGAACAUAUGAUUUGCAUGUUGAUAUAUGUUCUUGCAGGGAAUGUCUUACUGUAGCCCUCGUUUGGGAUUUGUGACUCUUCAGGAAAUAUACCAAAUGCUGCACAUGGUAACAUGUACAGUGCUCUUGGUACUGUGUAAAGUGCGUGCUGUCAGUAUAGUGGGGACACAGUCCCCUCGGUUCCGUGUAAAGUGCGUGCUGUCAGUAUAUUAAGGGAGUUUAAUGUGAAGCGGUUUCCGCACUGAAGAAACACGUUCUCCCUCUUGUACACAGUCUAUUGGCAUUCAGCUCCUGUAGUGUGUGUGUGCACAAAGCUUGCAUUCAGGCUGACAUGAGCCCCCCAUUGUGGAGUGUAGUUCUCACAUCUAGAUUAAUCCUGCUUUGUUCCAGGACAAACACAUAGACGGUGAUAGCAGAUGGCACUCCCGCCUUCUUGCAGUGUAUUGAAUUAUGUGAAACGUGCUCUAGAACUGCAGAUAGUAUACAUUCCAAUUUGGCUUCCAGAACAUUGAGUUAUGUGUAAUUAUUUACGUGAGAAACGUUAUGGAGUUAAUUUACAAAUGUCUGGCUUUACAUACAAUAAGAUCCCUGACAGAAAUACUUUCCUGAGCAAUAGCUGUGGCAAAAAAAAUCUCUUUUGUGGCAGAUUGUGUGUAAAAACAGGAGUAAAAGUGUUAUUUACAAGACUUCAUUGAACUUCUCUGCUGUCCUGUAUGUGCCAAUAUCUGCUCUGUAGGUAAGGUGGCGGUGUGUCCGCUCUGUAGGUAAAGUGGCGGUGUGUCCGCUCUGUAGGUAAAGUGGCGGUGUGUCCGCUCUGUAGGUAAAGUGGCGGUGUGUCCGCUCUGUAGGUAAAGUGGCGGUGUGUCCGCUCUGUAGUUAAGGUGGCGGUGUGUCCGCUCUGUAGGUAAAGUGGCGGUGUGUCCGCUCUGUAGGUAAAGUGGCGGUGUGUCCGCUCUGUAGGUAAAGUGGCGGUGUGUCCGCUCUGUAGGUAAAGUGUUGGUGUGUCCGCUCUGUAGGUAAAGUGGCGGUGUGUCCGCUCUGUGGGUAAAGUGGCGGUGUGUCCGCUCUGUAGGUAAAGUGGCGGUGUGUCCGCUCUGUAGGUAAAGUGGCGGUGUGUCCGCUCUGUAGGUAAAGUGGCGGUGUGUCCGCUCUGUAGGUAAAGUGGCGGUGUGUCCGCUCUGUAGGUAAAGUGUUGGUGUGUCCGCUCUGUAGGUAAAGUGGCGGUGUGUCCGCUCUGUAGGUAAAGUGGCGGUGUGUCCGCUCUGUAGGUAAGGUGGCGGUGUGUCCGCUCUGUAGUUAAGGUGGCGGUGUGUCCGCUCUGUAGUUAAGGUGGCGGUGUGUCCGCUCUGUAGGUAAGGUGGCGUUGUGUCCGCUCUGUAGGUAAGGUGGCGGUGUGUCCGCUCUGUGGGUAAGGUGGCGGUGUGUCCGCUCUGUGGGUAAGGUGGCGGUGUGUCCGCUCUGUGGGUAAGGUGGCGGUGUGUUCGCUCUGUGGGUAAGGUGGCGGUGUGUUUGCUCUGUAGGUAAGGUGGCGGUGUGUCCGCUCUGUGGGUAAGGUGGCAAAUUUGAGAGUAGAAGUUAUACAUGUGCUCUGUUUACAUGUAUGAAGACAGUUUGGUUAUCUUUAUACUAGAGGUGCAAGGACUGCUUAAGAACGGGGUAGCCAAAAAGGCAGAUCCCCCAAAUAUUUUUAAAUUUCAGCUUCCUUGAUGCUUUGCAAUUCUAGAGCAUUCUAAAAGUAUUAUGGGAGUUGUAGUUCUGGGUAUCUAGUUUUUGGGCACCCUUGGUGUAGACCAUGCACCAAUAUUUAUGCGUUUGCCUUUAUGUCCUCUUUAUUUUAUCUGUUCAUUCUUCUAGUGCCUUGAAGUGAGGUGCAAGCUGGCCAGAGGUGCUAGGAUUUUAAAUACUUUGACCUCCUUUUUUGGUGUCAAGAAAGCCAUUUGUAACUGUGAUUUCCUUCCUGAAUUCUUUAUAGGGUGAGAAUACCACAGGGCAGCAUUAUUUGUUUCCCCUGUCUCCUAUCUGUCUUCCUCAUAGGGGUAACAUCAGAGCUCCGAGAUCCCCUAGGAAAUCUUUCUUUCUGGCUUAUCACCACAUAUAGAAGGUUUACCUGGUAUGGAAGUGAUAUGUUUCCCAUGUAGUUCUGUUAGAUUUGCGGUAUUUCUAUGAAGUCUAUAUGAGUUGGGUAGAAUGUGUUUGAAAGAGAGCACCACAAGGGACUGCAACUAUGUAGCCUAUUAGUUGGGUGGUUGCUGUGUGCUCCCGAAUUAGGCAGAAUGGGUUGUGAGAGACAAUUUUAAGAAUAUUAUUUAUAUUUGUGACAGGUGUUUGCCCGUAGGUAAAUAUAUAGAAGUGUUAAAUAAAAACAAUCUCACUACACUGAAUGAUAGGCGAGCCGGUGCUUCUGUUUUGCUGGUUUUUAAUUCAGCUGCACGUGCAUUCAAUAGGUGAGACAUUCCCUGCAAAAUGUACGCUGGGGCCCAGUCUGCAUCAUUUCGCUUUACAAAAUGCAAGUAGAUUUUGAAAAUACCCAACAUUAGCAAUGGCAGUCCCGUCCCCCCCCCCUCCCCCAAAGUGCCAGUUCCUCUUAGUAGCAGCUGUGGUUAUAGUCCUCUCGAUCAUGGCUUCCUCUGUACCCACCCUGCACUGUAUGUGUAUGAAUUGUGGCCAAAUACUUCCUCCUGUUAUGAAUCAGCACAUUGCAAACUAGCCUUGUGACUAGGCUUUCAGUGAGGCCUUUGUACUAUUGACAGGUUCGCUGUUUCUUGGAAUUUGUUCUGUUCCUUUGUAGUGCAUUGCUGGUAGCCUACCACUCAUGACUUUAGAUUUGAAACUCAUUUGGGCAGAGUGCUGCUCUUCACCUACUGUUCCCAUGUGUCAAGCAUAUUUUGUUAGAAUUUAAUGUUUGUUUGGUUUAGAGUUGCAGACUAUGUUGGCGCUAUAUAAAUAAUUGGGGUGGUUUAUGAAAGUCUGUACUGGCAAUCGUUCAGCUCUCAGACAGUAUCAGAUUAGACAUCAAGCUGCUGUAGGACUUCAAAUCCCAAGAUGUCUCCCAAUGGUUUGUAAUCUCCCUGUAUUAAAGCAUUAUGUCCUUAUGGUGUGCACCCCUGGGAAUGAUGGGAUAGCCUGGCCUGAGCUUUUAAUGUUGUGGUUUUGAUGCUAAGACUUUCUAAAAUGAAAUGUUAUGGGUUUAAUUGUGAACCGAUGGAUCUCUCGCUGCUCUUUUACAUUUUCCAGGUGUAUACUUGGGAGAAUUGUCAGUUCUCACCAGAUAAUGUAGGCGAAUCCCUUAACUAGUAAUUUCUCCUGCCAUUAACACGGCAAUCUCUCCGCUGAGAUGCUAAUGAAUGCUCUUUGGGUUGCAAGUAAUGCUGCUAAUUAACCUCUCCAGUGCCAGCGGUGUAAACCACACUGUGUCAGUCUAGCACUGAAAGGGUGUAAAUUGUUUGUUGUAUGCUUUGCACAGUGGUUGUGGUACAGUCGUUUGCCUCAUUAGUUAGCCUUGUUAAUAAACACAUCGUGGAUUUAUUUUGUAACAAACAGGAGGUGGUAGGACCACUGUACAUUAUUUAUGUAAGUUUUCCAAAGUCUCUUAACAUGAAGUGCAACCGUGCCCUGUUUUAAGCAAAUGUGCUGUGCAAGGACAUGUCGCAGAUUGCAACCCAACACCCCUGUCACUCAUUGCAGGCUGUGGGGAGCAGCAAACAAGCAGGAGAAUUGCAAUAUAUAUAUACAAGAUACACUGUUAUAUACUUUAACUCAGCUUUCACAUCAUUGCACGCCUAUAUAAUAGUGUCGACUAACCUGUGGCACUGCAGAUAUUUACCACCAGUUGCAUUUUCUUUGAAGCUCAAUCAGUGUAUAGCCUGGCUGAAUAAUGGGAUGAAAUGUUAUGUAUAAACUACCACAAGAUGACUGAUCAUCGUGGGAAAUGUCUGUCUGUUACUGUUCUAUAGGUAUGUUUGUUGGUCAUAAUACACUGGACAAAAUUAUAAACGCAACACUUUUUUUUUUUUUUUUUGCACACAUUUUUCAUGAGCUGAACUCAAAGAUCAAAGCUCCCUCAAAACAUGCGACAUCUGUGGCAUUGUGCUGUGUGAUAAAUCUGCACAUUUUAGAGUGGCCUAUCAUUAUGGCCAGCCUAAGGCACACCUGUGCAAUAAUCAUGCUGUCUAAUCAGCAUCUUGAUAUGCCACACCUGUGAGGUGGAUGGAUUAUCUCAGCAAAGGAGAAGUGCUCACUAACACAGAUUUGUGAACAAUAUUUGAGAGAAAUAGGCCUUUUGUGUACACAGAAACAGUCUUAGAUCUUUGAGUUCAGCUCAUGAAAAAUGGGGGCAAAAACAAGUGUUGAAUUUACAAUUUUGGCACUCCAAGCUGACCCGAUAUUUCCAAAAAUGUUGCAGAACUGCUGAACGCUGUUGGAGAAAGUCUCACUCUGCAUCUGACUUCAUCCACUAAAAAUCUAUGCUGCACUCCUACACUCUGGCUCUUUCCUCUGCAAAAGUAAAUUACUUUAAUACCCUCAUAACCACACUGUCCUGCCAACCCAAAUGGCUAUAUCACACUUUUAAUGCUCUCCUUUGCCCUGUUGCUCCCCCUCCUCCUACCUCCUUGUCCACCUCAAACUUUGCAACUCCCUUCACUGAGAAGAUUUCUACAAUCAGGGAAAAGAUCUCUAAUCUCUCUCCCUCCCCUUCCAAUACAUCACCCAAACCCACUCACUCCACUACUCUAUGCUCAUUCACACCUACUAAAACACUGAGCAGGGCCUCAAUCCCUCUGUUACGGUGUCACUAUACCCCACUCCCUCUAACAUGUAAGCUCACUGAGCAGAGCCCUCAAUCCCUCUGUUACUGUCACUAUACCCCACUCCCUCUAACAGGUAAACUCACUGAGCAGGGCCCUCAAUCCCUCUGUUACUGUCACUAUACCCCACUCCCUCUAACAUGUAAACUCAGUGAGCAGGGCCCUCAAUCCCUCUGUUACUGUGUCACUAUACCCCACUCCCUCUAGCAUGUAAACUCACUGAGCAGGGCCCUUAAUCUCUCUGUUUCUGUGCGUCCAUUUGUCUGGUUACAAUUACAUGUCUGUUAGUCCAUCCAUUGUACAGCACUAUGGAGUUUUGCUGGCGCUAUAUAAAUAAUAAAAUAAUUUAAAUUAAGCAUAGACACUUAGUGAUACAUACAAUUUUUAGUUCAGAAAUACUCUACUUCCUGUAGUCAGUGCUGGCCCAGCUUGGGGCAGAAUUGAUGUACUACUUGGUACAAGCACUGUUUACUGAGAGUAGAGUGCUCGCAGACAUCAUAUUUAUUACUUUGCUAUUGAUUUCUGAACAUUGUGGUGGGUCAUCCUGGCCUAUGGAACUUAAUGUAGAGGGCAGGACAGUUUGGUGUAUCAGAACACUGUGUGUGUAUCAGUUGGCUUUCCAUGUUUUUCUCAAUUUUGUUUUGUCUUGAUUACUCGGCAGGCGUCUGACCUGCUCAAUGCCCUUGCCUAAGCUCUCUCUUUAAAUGUCUUCUUUUUCUGACUCUCCCCUUAUUCUCUGUGCAGGGAGGACGGUGAACUGGAAGAAGGCGAGCUUGAAGAUGACGGUGGAGAGGAUGGAGGUCGUGAGGCUGCAGAGCCUCAGGCUCCCCAAGAAAAGGGAGAAAAGCACCACAGUGACUCGGACGAGGAGAAAGCUCACCGCAGGAUGAAAAGGAAACGCAGGAAGGAGAAGGAGAAACGAAGAGCAAAGAAGAAAAGGAAGUCCAAACACAAGGUAUUCAGAGAGAAUAUUUACCUUAUGGGCAAACACAAGGUAGGCUCCGCCUGAUCUUUGAUUGGAACGUUCCUUGACGCACGUUAUCCCUUCUUAAAUAUCUGAAAUAUGAAUGCAAAUGGGCUAUUUCUUGUUUCGUGAAUUUUUAUUUUAUUUAUUUUUGUCGCUGUUUGUUUCAGCGUCACGCAUCCUCCAGCGAAGACUUUUCCGACUAUAGCGAUGAAUCUGACUUCAGUCCUAGUGAGAAAGCUCAUCGGAAAUAUCGCGAGUACAGUCCCACCUUCCCUCCGGUAAGUACUCUAUAGUGUUUGGAAUUAUAUGGGCAGCAGGGGGUGUUUUUAUUUAUAUUAUCAUUGGAGGCCAGCCUUUUUUACCUCUGACAAUUUCCAUUUGAAGCUAUGAAUCAUCAUGCUUUGCUUUAGCCUCCUCAUACUCUGUGUAUUAAAGUGUUUACACACACAAAAAAAAAUAGAUAUUUGAGAGCAAGCUGAACUUAGUGUAACAGAUUUACUAGAAUGUCCUCUAACUCCCUCCGUACUGGCCAGGCUACUCCUAGCAGAGGCUGAAAGUGCUACUUUCCAGCAGAGCAUGCAAUCCUUUGUGAGGCUCUGACCUAUUCAUUGUAUGCACUCCUUUUCUUCAAAUGGAAGCUAAUAUGGCAGGAUUCUAUUAGCGGAAUCCUAGAAUUCUUUUUCAGAUUUAAAUUGCCCAGGGCAGUGUAUGUGCAAGAUGUAAUAAAAUGGUAUUCUGAUUAAUAAGUUGUCGCUCUAGAAAUAAACCUUUAAUAAUGUGAUAUUAUCUGUAUUAAACAUAUUGGAAGCUUUGAGUUUUCAUUGUACUUUGCUUAAAACAUAUCUUAACCCCUUAAGGGCACAGCUUCCAAAGUAAAGGGCCAGCAUUUCUGUUGUGUGUUCUUAUGGAGUUGAACAAUCUUGGUAAAUGUUUAAUCCUCCUGUAGGGCAGGCACCAAAAGUACUGUAUUUGGAUACCGUAUUCUCGAAUGCACUGCCCAAAGCUAUGACCUAACUAUCAUGAUUGACUCAGUCUGGAAAUCACACUUUCUCAAAUUCAUGUUACAGCUAAUAAUUUUGUAUUUCAGGGACACCCACCUUACCCACCUCCACCUCAGCACAAUGCCCCCCUUCCAAAGAAGGGCUACCCCAAGAUGGAGAGCAAAGGCUAUGGCAUGUAUGACGAUUACGAAAAUGACCAGUAUGGAGACCAGUAUGGCGAAUACGAGGAUGAAGGUGGGGAUGACAUGGGCCAAGAGGAGUAUGAUGACUUUGCAAAGGAAUUAAAUCAGUACAGAAGAGCAAAGGAGGGCAACCAUCGUGGGAGAGGUACGGCUGUGAUUACACACAGUAACUAAUGUGAUUGAAUUACGAUGUUCACUGAUAAUAGGCUGGGUUGUGUUCCCUAUAGUAAUUAUUUGCUGUUUUUUAUAAAAAAUAUAUAAAAAGAACUUCUUUACAGCUAAUGGAGCCUGGAAAUGUGAGCAACAAUGUGAAAUGUGACUGAAAUAAUACACAACAAACUGAGAAAACAUGUACAUAUGGCCAAAGGACAACUGUCAGCAAAUGUUCCCUAGAUUUUUUUUUAAAGUUUAUUACAAUAGGUUUUAAACUGUUGUCAUGAGUCAAGGAAAGAUAAGCAAGACAGUCACAAAUAUCACAUAUUAAAAUCACAAAUUUGAGACUACUGACUUAUACAAUUUACAUGACAUGUAUUUGUUUAUAAGAAAAGUUACAACAUUGCAACAUAAAAUCAAAAGCCAACUAAAGAUGCUCUUUUAUAAGUCAUGAGUAGAACGGCACAAGGUUAAUACAAAACCAAGGGCAUUAAAUAUAUUGUGUCCAGUUUUAGGAGAUUUGUAUUCUGUACCGAAGGGGCUUGGGCCGCUAUAACCCUGGUCAAGAACCAGCCUCUACCUUUUUAAAGUAGAUUUAAUUUUGGAUUGAGUAGAACUAAUUAAUAUAAGGUUACCAGGUAAGAGAAUAUUUUUGUUAAAGUGCUUUUAUUUAAAGCGGCUUUUAUCCAAUCCUUAUGGAAGUGAAAGAUUUUUAUGUAAAUCAGUGGAUAGUUGAGGGGGCAAGGGACUCAUCCAGUGGUGUAGUAAUACUUUUACAUGGCGUUAAUUUAGAAACGUAACUUGAUUCUUCCAUUGUUACCCCCAAUGUUGCUCGGAAUAAAGAAAUACAAAAUGGUGCUUUAUGACAAUUAAUUCAACUUUAUAACACUUUUUUUGUUUUUAGAAACAUUAUAUAGAUUUUUUUUCUUUUUUUUUAGGGAUUUAAAUUUUUUUUUUUGUUUUUUGUUUUUUUAUCUGGCUGGGCAACCAUAUUGGGUUAGACUCUACUAUUAUCUGCUGUUAUCUACUUAUCUGCUGUUGCUACAGGUUCACACAGAGCUAUUAUAUCAACAGAAAGCAACAGUUGGUUAGAUAACAGUUCAGCCAGAUAAAAAGGUGGAAAUUAAAUUUAAAAAAAAACUAUUUUGUCAUUUAAAGAAAAUAUCAUUAAAGGGACACUGGAGUCACCAAAAUAACUUUAGCUUCAUGACAAUUUUCAUAUAUGGAUCAUGUCCCUGCAGUUUCUCUGCUCAAUUCUCUUCUGUUUAGAAGUUAAAUUACUUUUUUUUUUUUUUGCAGCCCUAGCCACACCUCCCUGCAGGUGACUCUCACAGCCUUCCAAAACACUUCCUGCACAGAGUGAUAUAACAUUUGAACUUCCUUUAUUGCACAGUCUGGGUAAUGUAGAAUUUCGUAUCUCCUGCAGUGUUAAUAGCCUGCUAGACCUUGCAGGAGACUCCUAUAUGUAUUUAACCCCUUAAGGACAUAUGACAUGUGACAUGUCAUGAUUCCCUUUUAUUCCAGAAGUUUGGUCCUUAAGGGGUUAAAGUUCAAUUUACAGAACAGGAGGUAAAUUAUCUAAAUCAAGUUAUCAUCUGGUUGGAUUUUUAUUUUAUUUUUUUAUGUGUGAGUCACAACCGGAGUAGGUGGGACUAGGGCUGAAUAAACAAAAGUGAUUCCUAAAUGCCAUAGAAUGGAGCAGUGAAACUGCAGUGAUCUUUACAAUAGAAUUUCUUCAUUAAAGGGACACUCUAGUCACCAGAUACUGUUACAGCUUAAUGUAGUUGUUCUGCUGUCUACUGCCUGUUCGUGCAGGCUUUUCAAUGUGGCAGUGUUUACAUUUCUGCCUAGUAACACUUCUAGUGGCAGUCACUCAGGUGGUCACUAGAGGUGCUUCUUGUGUCAGUGCUGCCCAAUGUGCCGCACUGACAUUCAAUGUCUCCACGCUUUGUAUGGAGGUGCUGUACGCUCCUUAUAGAGAUGCAUUGAUUCAGUGCAUCUCUAUGAAGAGAUUCUUAUUGGCACAUCACUGUAUUUUGCUAAAGUGGUUUUCUUGCCUAUAGUAUCCCUUUCAGUUUCAUUAUGUGUAAUAAACAUGUAAAUAUUCAAUGGUAGUUGUCCUUUAAAUGAUUAUCCAUAAAUAUGAGCAUGACAAUAACCAUUAAUCUGCUCCUCUUCAUCUCAACAGGCAUGCGUGGUCGAAUGAGAGGGAUGCGAAUGCGCGGUGGGAGAGGCAUGAUGCGAGGAAGAGGAGGUUACAGGGGCAGAGGGGGUAGAGGAAGAGGAUUCCCGGGAGAAGAGCAUCAAGAUGAUGAGGAGAUGUAUGAGGAGGAAAUGGAGGUAAGGUGCAAAAUUAUGUGACUGUAUUCCUCCUUUGUGGGAGUUUAACCUUAGAUACCCUAACCACUAGUGGGCUCUAAAACUCCUUAGUUAUUCUUGUUUAUACAGUGAAAUAUGAAAGGCUUUUAAUUCAUCUAUCACAUCUUGUUCUCCUGUAAAAAUGUUGCCUUUCUAUUCUGCAUUUACACAUUGAAACAGUUGAAAGGUAGAACGUUGUUUCUUUCUUUAAGCCUGUCUUCUAAUGUUCCAGGCUAUCUGUGUAAUGGAAUGGCUCUGAAAAUUUAAUAAAUCUGGGAUUAGAACCGAGCUUUAUAUAAAAAGGAAAACAUUUCAGUUGUGUUUUAAGUUAUUUUCAUAGUAAAACAACUCUCUGUGUACAAAUAAUUGGUUCACACGGGAUUUCCUUUCAUAUUGUGCUUUAGGAAGGUAGUUAUCAGCAGCAUCAGGUUAGGUAACAGUUGGUCUCGUUCUAUUAGUGAAAGUGUAACUGUACUGUCUAUAGCUGGGUUCUGUGUUGUUGAUCCAUUGGUAGGAGACCAGUGGAGUCGCUUAGUACGCCUGGUGUCGGGGUGAGAAGCCGUCUCUCCCCGGCUCCAACUUUAGUAGGCCGCACUCAGCGUUUCGUCCUCCUGGCCCUGACAGGUUUCAGAGGGGGUGUCCUUCCGUUCUCUGGCGCACUCCCAACAUGGGUAGCGCAACCCGGUGAGUCUGUGGGCUAUGUAUCUACUGAUUUUACCCCGAAUUCAGCCCGUCGGGUGAGAGCUCGUGUUGCCCACAUCUUUACUGCUUGGCGGUCAUGUUCCGCCCCCCUUGAGAGCCUUUUUGACCUAUUGCAGCAGUGUCCCUGUUUGAGUCUUUAGAACUUUUAAAAAGUGAGAAAAUCUUGGGGUGCUGGGUUUAUUUUUGACCCAUGAAAGUAAGCCCUGUUUCUUCUAUUUCUGCCUCUUUUUCUCCUUAACUGUGCUCACAUGAAUUCCCUUGCAAGGUCUAUCACACAACUGGCAACUGUAUCAACUGUUAUCAGGUGCAAGAUGUGUCUAGGCUCUCAGUGACUUCUUUUUUCAUGCAAGAACUCUUCUCCCAACACCAACAGUCAUUAUUUUUGGACAUAGUCUCAACAACAAAGCUAAGUGAAGCCUGCAGACAUCCAGCACUGACAUAUUUAUAUAUAUAUUAUCCUUACUUUGCACAAUAACAAAACCAAAAAAUCCUUUAAUUCUGUAAUGUUAGAAAUGCUUAAAUCAAAAUAUUUAGAAAAAAAUGUUUAGAAAAGUUGUAGCCACAAUAUGUUUGUUGAUUGAUUCAGCUGUGUACAUCCUCUGUCAUACUGGCAGAGCAUCAUGGGAGUGGUAGGCCACAGCCACUGCGAUGGUAGUUGCCUUUUGUUUUCUUUAAGGCCAACAGUCUUUGCAUUGCAUUAGGGGCAAGCACUAUAUCACGUAGUCUGAAUUCUUAGGACCUCAUGGGUUAGAGAAUGCUGGCAGAUGAUAUGCCUGCAAUGUGUGUGGUAUACAGACCUUUUAUAUGUAAAUAAAAACCUUUUGAAAUGGAAAGAUUACCUUGCAUUGUACGAAGAUGUAUAACAUGGAUAUUGGCAUGGUGAAAUAUUGCAGUGAUUCCUCGUAGCAAUUGUAUCUGUAGUUGUUAUUGGUGCUGGUAUUGUAAGUCACAUAAUUAUUUCUUUAUUAUUUCAGUAUUGUGACGAAGAACCAAUGGACGGCGAGGAAUAUGACGACUAUUCCAAGGAACUCAACCAGUAUCGCAGGUCAAAAGAGGGCAGAGGCCGCGGUGAGUGGAUGCAACUAUUUUUAGUUUUGUUACCUGGACGCAGUUGGAUAUCAUUUGUGAAGAUUUCGGACUGAAGGUCUUAUUUACCCACAAUGUCUGAUUCUCCGCAUGUUAGUGACUCUAUUUCUGCUUGUAGGUUUCUACCGAGGUCGUGGUCGCGGCCCACGAAUGAGAGGGUAUAAGGGUAUGGGAAGAGGACGUGGACGAGGCAGAGGGAAAGGAGAUGAUGAAGAUUACUAUGAUGAGGAAGGAGUAAGUAAUUAACUACCAGGAUAGUUAGUAAGAUAUGUAUACCUUCAAAAUAAAUCCAUCUCUAUGGUGAGCAGGUUAUAUUCCUUGUAACAUGUUCUCUUCUCACCUAGGAUGGAGGUAUGUAUCGCAAUGACUACGAGAAACCUCACCAUCGGGCAGACAAAAAAGGGAAAGUCAUCUGCAAGUACUUCGUGGAGGGACGCUGUACCUGGGUAAGAGUCAUUUCACUUAUUCCCUGUCAUUGUUUUAACAUGAACCUGUCAUGACAGAAUCACCUUAAUGGAUAACCGCCUCCUAAGGCAAUGAAUGUAUCAUUUGUUGUAAAGAUAGGAAGCUCUGUAGUUUGAUUAGUUAUGAUAGAGAGCAGGUAGGCACAUGAACUUGAUCCAGGGGUGGGUUGGUGGAAGGUAGCCCACAAAUGUUGCAGGUCUACAGCUCCCAAGAAGCUUCCCAGGCAGCAGUACAUGCUUUUACUAUAACCACUUCACCACUCUUUGGUGAUCAUGAUGUCUGGAGUCCCUUGGCCCUGUCCUUCUCUUAAGAGUCGGACAGUAGUAUCAUUAAGCAGAAGUUCCCAUUCCAUUUAGGCAAAAGUAUUACUAAAGUAGAAUGUUUUCUUCCAGUUGUAGCUCGUAACACUUGUAACUGUCUUUUGUUAUGCAGGGUGAGCACUGUAAUUUCAGCCACGAUGUUGAAGUACCUAGGCGCCGCGGACUCUGCAAAUUCUAUGUUACUGGAUACUGCGCCCGAGCAGACAAUUGUCCAUACAUGCACAAUAUCCUUUUUACUAUGUCAAUACAUUGUUUGUGAUUCACACUUUCUAAGAAUAG